CCCCCCCACCCCGUUCCCUCGGUCGGUCGGGCGGUGCCUGUGGCGGGCGGAGGGGGAGUUUCCAGGAAGUGGCCAUAUUGGAUCCAUUCAGCCGCAUCCACCCGCGGCGGGGAGAGCCGCGCUCCCGCCCACGGAGCCGCGCCAGAGCCGGCCAUGGCCGCCACCGACCUGGAGCGAUUCUCGAAUGAAGAGAAGAGGAACCUUUCCCUGGGGGGCCAUGUUGGCUUCGACAGUCUCCCCGAUCAGCUGGUCAGCAAGUCUGUCACACAAGGCUUCAGCUUCAACAUCCUCUGUGUGGGUGAAACUGGCAUUGGGAAAUCCACACUAAUGAAUACCCUCUUCAAUACCACAUUUGAGACGGAGGAAGCCAGUCACUAUGAGAGCGCAGUUCGCUUGCGGCCGCGGACCUACGACCUCCAGGAGAGCAAUGUCCACCUCAAGCUAACGAUUGUGGAUGCGGUUGGAUUUGGAGAUCAGAUAAACAAAGAUGAAAGUUACAGGCCGAUAGUUGAGUACAUUGAUACGCAGUUUGAAAACUAUUUGCAAGAAGAGCUGAAAAUCCGCCGAUCUCUCUUCAACUAUCAUGACACGAGGAUUCACGUCUGCCUGUACUUCAUCACCCCAACUGGGCACUCGCUCAAGUCCUUGGACCUGGUGACAAUGAAGAAGCUGGAUAGCAAGGUGAACAUCAUCCCGAUUAUUGCCAAAGCAGACACCAUCUCCAAGAGCGAGUUGCACAAGUUCAAGAUAAAGAUAAUGAGCGAGCUGGUCAGCAAUGGUGUGCAGAUCUAUCAGUUCCCCACAGAUGACGAAGCAGUCGCUGAGAUCAACUCUGUGAUGAACGCUCAUCUGCCCUUCGCUGUGGUUGGCAGCACGGAGGAGGUGAAAGUUGGGAACAAGCUGGUGAGAGCUCGGCAGUACCCAUGGGGAGUGGUGCAAGUUGAGAAUGAAAGUCACUGUGACUUCGUGAAACUGCGAGAAAUGCUGAUUCGAGUCAACAUGGAGGAUCUUCGGGAGCAGACUCACACCCGCCACUAUGAGCUGUACAGGAGGUGCAAACUGGAAGAGAUGGGCUUCAAGGACACGGAUCCAGACAGCCAACCCUUCAGCCUCCAAGAAACAUAUGAGACCAAAAGGAAAGAGUUCUUGGGCGAGCUCCAGAAGAAAGAGGAAGAAAUGAGACAAAUGUUUGUUAACAAAGUCAAGGAGACGGAGGCAGAGCUGAAGGAGAAGGAGAGAGAGCUGCAUGAGAAAUUUGAGCACUUAAAAAGGAUACACCAGGAAGAGAAAAGGAAGGUGGAGGAGAAGAGGAGGGAGCUGGAGGACGAGAUGAACGCUUUCAACAGGCGGAAAGUAGCGGUGGAAACCUUGCAGUCCCAAUCCUUGCAGGCUACCUCACAGCAGCCACUGAAAAAGGACAAAGACAAGAAAAAUUAAUCACACACAGACUUUCAGGCCAAGAGUGGACUUGGUGCUUUCAUGUGUUAAGUUGCUUGAGUUUCCCACCCUGUGACCCUUCUCAUAACAUUGUGUGAGUGGACCAAAGUGAAAGAGAAAAUGAGCAUCUUCGGUGGUUGCAGUGUAACGACUCGCUGUUAUCUGUACAGAAUUUAUCAGGAGGUUUUAAGGAAGUAACCUUACCAUGUACAUUUUGUUAAACAAAGUCAACUAAUCCCUCAAGUAAGAUGUUUUGUUCUAAACCCAGUGAUUGAGCAGCUGUGUAUAAAGUGACCGUAACUGUUUGUCUGAACUCAUCUUACCCACCAGCUAAAUAAUUGCUUUCUAGAUUUUAUUUUUUUUUUUUUUAAAUUGGCUAAGGUGACUGCUUGAGGCUCAUCUACCUUCCCCUGUACAUGCACAAAUGUGAGGAGUGGUGUAAAGAAUGCUGAAACGUUUAUUUUUAUAACAAAAUUCUCAAUUUGAGUAAGUUUUUAGAAUGGGUAGAAAAACACAAUGCUUAGACUUUCUCUCCUGGGAAUCUUAGUCAGAGUAACCGUCAUUCCAGUAAUUACAUAUUUUAAUCCUGAAUUACGCUAAACACUUUCUACAUCAUUUAUAAUAUAUAUAUAUAUAUAUAUAAAGAGAGAGAGAGCGGUUAAUAAAAUUCAUGGGACAAUGUUUUGAAUUUUCUUUACUGCUAAAGUAGAACAUUUAUAUAGAAAGAUUUUUCAUAAAAGUUUGUUGUAUAAUGUGGAACUACAGGAUUUGUGUAACUUUUCAGUUGUCAUUUACCAAUGUAUUUUACUGUUGUGGAAAAACUAUUUAAGUGGUCAUCUUUACUCUUUAACCUUAAACUUAUUAUGUGCCUAAUAAGGAGAAUCCCCUGAUCUUGAGCUAUGCACCGUAUUUAUGCUGAUAGGCUCUAUUCCUCUUGGAAGGUGCUUCCUUUAACACUCCUCAUGCCUAGAAAUUGCAGCCUUGUUUUCCUGGGCAACUGAGCUUAGAGGAGUAAUUAGGAUCAAUAUUUUUUUUUCCACUCAAACCAUUUUGUGAUAAGGCAGGACGAUAACUGAAUAGAGACUUACUAGCUAUGUUGUCAUGGAAAAAUAGUUGGAUCCAAUUCCAUCCAUCCAUCAGGUAAUAGGCUAAAAGAGAGCAAAUAUAAAAUAUUAACCCCCACAUAGUAUCUUCAGAGUUUAUAAAAACACUGGCUGGCUAAGUGUUAGUUGUGAGUGUGUGCAUUUUUAUUUAGUUAUAUCAGAAAAAUCCUGUAACAUUUUUUUUUUUUCCUUAAAGACUUGUCUUUAAGCGAAGAUGUCAGUAAAUUCCUUAUUUGACUUGCAGAUGGAGGUGCACGGCCUUGCAUCUGAGCUGUUACAGGUCUGUUUGAGGGUAGUAUUUUACUGGAUUGUAAGAUGAGGUUCUUUAACUUGCGUAUCCCAUUAAAGCAGCUUUUUUUUUUUUUUUUUGCUUUUUUCCCCCACUUUCUAAAUACAUGCUCAGGUGUUAAACUGUUUUUGUAUGGACAUUGGCCUUUUAUAUGGAUAUACUGAAAAUCACGUCAGUGUUACUUGAUGCUUGUAAGAAAGAACCUCAUGAAGAUCUUACAGGUAGCUUUUAGAACAGGCCAUUUUUCAAAGAGUAAAAAUUAUGCACGCUUGUUAGGAGUCUGCUGAAAGCUGAACGUUUAGUUUUUAAGGCUGUGCCUCCAGGUUAGACAUAUUUUAAAGAUUAACUGUCAAAUGUUAGGAGGGUUAAUGUGUUUUUCUCAGAGAAACGUACAAGGAACCCAACCUAUUGUUACAUGCAAGAAGACAAUUCCAGCUCACCACUGACUACAGUCCAAUCCUGUAGCAAAUUAGGGGCAGGAUUUUGAUUUUUGCUAAUGAGAGAAACUCUGCUGCACUAAUUGCAUGAGUAAGCAGCGCUAUUUGGUUCAUUCUUUUGCUUCUCAAGGCCAGUGCUACGAAGGCUGGGAUAAAACAGUUAACUGAUGAUACCGGGUAUGCAAACAGCUGCCUCGCCAUCACUUUUCCAGUCGAUAGUUUUCUCCCGAUCUCAUGCUGCAGCCAGCAAGAUCUAUGCAAAUGAUUUCUAUCUGCCCUGGCUCACCAGAGAUCAAUUCUUUUUUCCUAGAAUAACAGGUAGUUAAGAAUGAUUAUAACAAUGAAAGAGUAAAAACCUUCAAAUCCAUGGGCAUUGUGGAGACAUUUCCAGCUUUUUCUGAUAAAGACAUUCAGAAUGUAUGUAACAAUAUUUUAAUGAUGAUGAUUAUUAUGUUACAUUGACCUUAUGUUGUGACGGACAUACCUUUGCCUUGCAGUUACUUGUUCUUUAGACCAGUCAACAUCGUAAUCUCCCCAAUGGGACUCAGUCAUUUUUUUUUUUUCUCUAGUACUUGGUUUUUCCUUUUGGCUGAGACAAGAUUUAAGUAUGUGGUAUAUAGGGUAGUUCUGUAUCUUAUUUUUAUUUAACAAGUUACAAAUACACGGUGAUUCUAAUAUCGCUCCAGUCUGAAGAUUUACAUCUUGUAGGCUAGAAGUGAAAGAAAAACCCUUCAGAAAUGACUGAAACUGUUCAGUUACACAUCUUUCAGUUGUUUUAUACAUUUAUCUGUAAAAGGUUGGUAUUAAUGGGAAAAACUGUCCUUUUUUUUUUUUUAUCAUUUAAACAUUUACCAUCAUGUAUGUUGUCUGCUUUCUAAUUUAAAAAGUGUUUUGUGGGGCUCUAAGCUCUCUAGGCUUCACGUCUGGCUGUGGUGGAUGCCCCAAGGGUGGAGAUGGGGUGGUUGGCUCAGAGCACAUGGAGGCACCUUGGGGACCUGCCGGGGGGGUUACAGCCUCUCAGACGGACGUGCUGCAUCCGUUCGCUUUGUCAUUCUGAAUGUGGUGGGGGUUGGUUUUUUCUUUUGUUUGGGGUUUUUUUUUUUUUUUGACUUUCAUUUCUUUCCACUCACUUUGUACUUUUUUUUCUUUUAUUAAAUCUCACAUGUAUUUUGUGUUUUUGUGGUGUCAUUUAUUUAGUGGUGGAUUUCCUGUGUUAUUUAGUGGAUCUCUGUUGAACUAAUCAUGUGUAAUGAUUGAAAGCUUACCAGUCACAGGAUGUCUUCUGACUAUUGGGAACAUUAAAAAAUAAAAUUGGCUAAUUUCCGCAUCAUACAGUAUGCGGAAAAGCAUCUCAUCUGUAAUCUGGGUAGAAAUUCUAAGAUAUUAAUUCAAAUGCAAUCCCUAUUUGGGCAAAAGUUGCCUUUAAGCUUGUUGGCACUUCUCCUUUGUGGGAUCUGGUGACUGAGCAGGUAGAUUUACCAGCAGUUUUGUUGUUGUAAUGAUGCCCAGAGAGGUGAUUUAAGGGUAGGAUGAAAAGGGAGCAGAGCUGGAGGGUUUCCUAAUGGUACUUCCAAAGCUUCUGCAGAAGCACAUCAUACACUUAGAUCAAUGCAAAAAAAAAAAAAAGACCACAGCUUUAGUUUGGUGUUCUUUUUUUCAGAGAGAGCUGAUGCUGAAGCUUUACCUGAAGGCUUGUUCUUGGUGUCUGUUCUGUGGGCCAUUGCUACAUACGAAGCUAUAUUCAGUUAAUUUAGGGUUUCUCUGGGUUUUAUUUCGGGUUGGACUGAGAUCAGUGCUGCACUUAAGACAAAACCAACAAGUGGAGUUUGGCUGAUGCAUAGUGUUUGCUGAGGUGGUGCUUCUGACAGGAGCUUUUUCUGCAGCCCCAGUUUCAAGAACAAAACCAAGUCGGUGAUCCUGACUGCUUCUGAAAUCUUUUUAGAAAUGUGCAGAUGGACAGUGCUGUGGCUACAGGAGUUGGCUUGUGUGCAAGACCUCUGCUUUUUGCAUUUAAUAUGCAGCUUGCUUAAAAGGCAGAGGGCAGUUCUGGUCAUCUUACGUGCUGCCUGUUUGCAUCCCAUCUUCUUACAAGGCCGGGAUGGUUACCCAGCUGCGGUACGGAGCUGGACGGACAUGGUGCGUCCACCCGCGGGGAGCUGACCAGAAGCAGUGGUUGGAGCUGGCGUGAUAUUGCCUGUAGCGAUCACCGACAAAGUGCAGGUGAAAGUCUGAGCCUGCGCUGGGUUAAAAUUGUCGCUUCAGCCUGUUAAAUUUUUGAAGGAUAAGCCUUAGUGGGGACUUAGCAGUUGAUACCAAGUGGUUUGUAUGAAAUGUUUUACAACCUUUUCCAUCCUAAUAUUUUUUAAAGCCAAAUCUUCUAGGAGACCGGAGAAGAGAAGGUGCAGUCAGGUACAUAAGAAUGAAUUGGGAAACUGAGGCAGUCGAGUAGCUGGUCAUUUUAAAGACGGGCCACCUGAUGACUCAGGAUGAUGUGCAUCGGCAAGUAUUUUUCCACAGGAGCAAUGUUAAGAUCAUUCAGUAAUAUUUGUGCGAAGCUCCUAGAGAUGCUCGCAAGAGAAUGAGAAAUGCGAAGUGUUGUUAUCAAAGCAGUUCAGCAGUGAGGUAGGUACUGCCCGUGUUUUGCAGUUCCAGAGCCGAAGCCUGGUGACUGAGGCCCUAGGACAUGUUGAUGCUUUCUGUUCAGGACCCAACCCAAACCCAACCUCGUCUCCUUGUCCUGGGCUGCUCGGCAGGGAGAACUGCGCAGCUGUGAGGGACGAGACCUGCGAGGCAAGGACAGCGCAAAGCCACCAGCUCUGCCGGCCGGGAGAGCCGGCUCGGGCUGCGUGUGCUGGUCGGCGGCGGCUGCGGUCCUGGCCGGGCAGGAGACGGCUCCGCACCUCUCCCCAUCCCGUGUCUCCAUAGCACGUGGCUUCUCAGAUGUUCCCUGUCAGCAGUCUUUCCUCAUUAAAAUUUUAAAUCAAGCCUCUGAUCACCAGUUCCAAACAAGAUCUUGGCAGCCGUGAGAGCUUCUCCAAGUUGCAAUGGUUUAAAUUCAAAUGUCUGUACCCAGUUCUGCGCGCUAUCAGGCGGCAUACGUUAGAUUUGUAUUUUGACCUUUCAUGUUGUCUUUACUUAAUGUAAAUAACUGAAACUUAAAUACUGAUUCUCUUUUGUUCUUUCUGUAGCUUUUUUAGUCUUCCCAGUGCGUGCUCCAUAACAUCAGGAAGACAUGUUAAUUAGAAGAUUUGUUAAGGC